AUGAGUGCGGAAUCUUUAACCAAUGAACAAAGAGCACAAAUUUUCACUAAAGUUCUUGGCAGAACAAUCACCUAUGAGCAACAAUCGAUCAACGAUUUCUACAAUGAAAGUAUCAAAUUUGGUUUACCGCAUGCUCUCGUAUAUCAUUUCCUAUCGACUGUUUCGGAUAUUCAACCUAAAAGCGUUACUCCACAGUUAUCUAUAAUACUCGGUCGACCAUUGCAUACACUUGAAGAGUGGAUAAAAGAAAAUGCUGCAGCAUUUCAAUAA